CGCAAGACCACUUCCUCUCGAGAUUCCCCCCAACCUGCACUCAUUCUGAUUUUCCUGUCAAUAUUUUUCCCAGUCCAAUUAUAUUAAUUCCAACCCUUCCACCAAGGAACCCAACACCAACGACAGUCAUGCACUUCUCCAUCUUGCUUUUAUUUCUCGCCGUGAGCUUGAUCCACCAGGGCCAAGCCGAAAGCUCUGCGCAAGACGAAAAACCAUACCCGGUCCGUAAUUGCGAAGAGGAGGAUCGCUUCAUACUCUUGUGCGCCAGACCGGUGAAGCCUGAGGAUAACUUGAAAACUGCAGAAGGAUUGAUGGUGGAGAAGGCCCCCUUGAUUCCAGGCCACGAACGACGUCUCUGCAAUAUCCUCCCGAUCAGUGGCAAUAUGGCCACCCGCGGCUAUUGCUGCCCUCUAAAUCCCUAUGGGCGUCCAGACAAUGCCGGCGCUAAACCCGAGUUCCAAUUCAAACUCGAAAAGGAUUGCAAGCGCGUCAGAAUCAAUUGGCCCAAGAUGGCACCCAAGAUAUGAUCUUUCCCCCCCCCCCCCCCACGGAACCAAAAAAUAAUCACUUCGUGCGCUCAUAUCAUUAGACCGAAACCGAGGCGUGUUACUAUCAUUGCUCAAGUCUAAAGACGCAGACAAAUUCUACCCUCCCACUGUACCUAAAGUGUCAAAUAAUUAUCGUCAAAAAAUUAUCUUUUGUGAAUAGCAUAAAUAUGCAACUCACCGGAUCAGCCCCACAUAACUCCAACCCAUUCACACACACAUUGUUUCCCCCCUAGCGGCCAAGAUAACGCUCCACUUUUAUCUAAAUAAUCUUACCCACCCAAUCCUUUUUUUUUUUUUUAAUUCUCAACCGAAUUAGUACUAGUAGUCAUAAAUUUUGUACCGAUUCUAAGUAAGAAAAAAACGAAAUAAUUUGACCUCAG